UGGAGAGAAUGGUAAUUUGGUUACGGACUUCAUCUUCUCUUGGUCUCUUGGUGAUAUAUUUAAUGGAGAUCUCUUCAAUGAAAAGGUUGUGAAGAAUCCUUUUGCGGCACAAGUACGGUGAUUUUAAUUUCUGGAAGAACUCUGUUCCUAGCAACAGCUCUUGGUUUUUCAAAAGCCUUUACAAGACUGCUAACCAUAUUAAGCCUUUUUGCUGUAUCAAUACUGUUAAUCCUGGCAUCACCUCCUUUGCCUGGCACCCUUGGUGUUUUGAAAUCCCCAUUGCUCUUAAACCUACAUUUCUUAAUAUGAAUGUCGAUAUUGAUCUUCUUUCCACUUCUGCGGUUGUCAUUGGUGACCGAUGGAAUGAAGCUCAAUUAGAGCAUAUCUUUGGUCCUAACCUUAACCUACAGGAGCUGUCAUUCAACUCUAUCGAUCCAAACUCUUGCAACCAUUGGAUUUGGAGCCCCACUUCCAAGCAUCACAAAAUCUCUACUUUAGUCUAUCACCAGUUGAACCAAAGUCUCUCCUUAUCUGAUUCUUGGAAUGGUUGGAGGCUUCUUUGGAAACUCAACAUCGCUCCUCGAGCCAAGUACUUCCUCUGGACCCUGUUCCAUGGUCGUCUCUCUACAUCUAAUUUCUUAUAUCAAAUGAGAUUGGGCCCUGAUAAUCACUGUAUCUUGUGCGGCCAUUUUUCGGAAAUGAUUGAUCAUCUAUUUUGGGAUUGUAUUAAAACCAAGCAGGUUUGGGCUCACCUUAGUUUAAAGGUCAAUACCUAUAUCCAUUUCCCCAGUGGCUUUGCCUCUGGCUCCUGGAUCACUGAUGGGAUCCUUUCUAAACACCUGACUUCAGUUGUUGCUGCAACUGCUUGGUUGCUUUGGAAGUCCCAGUGUGAUGCCAUCUUUCACGGUGUUAACAUUAAUUUCCCUACAAUUGUCUGCAAAGCUCUCAUCCAUGUGCAGGAAUUCUCCUCCAGCAACUACAAUCUACUUGGCUAUUGUGCUCAAUCCAUGGUCGAUACGUCUCUAGAUGAUCUCUUUGCACUCGGCGUUGCUCUUCAAACAAUUUUGGACAAGCAGCUCUCCAUCAAGCAUGUAUUUGUUAAUACACCUGCAACUCUCAAUGGCCUCAAUGAUUCGAACACUGUCAUCUCCUGGAGUUAUACUCUUCAGAUUUCUAGCAUUCGUUCCCUGUUGAAUGCACUUGGCUCCCCCUCCAUCCAUUGCAUUCCUAUUGCCUGGAUGACCCCUGCUGUUAACUUAGCCACCCAUGGUUUCAGCUUCUCAGUCCUCAAUCUCCUCCUUGCUGGUCGGGAUCUUCCUCGUUGGAUUAUGAAAGCGUUUGUUGAUUCUGGUUUCAAAUUCAAAUUGUAUUUUUCUUUUUGUUUUAUAUUUUGGCUGGUUGUUUACUUUGGCGCUCUAGGUUCUAAUAAAAUUAGCCCCCCGGGGUUCUCUUUUUCAAAAGGUUGUGAAGAAUCCUCUAAGCAAAAUGCUUCAAUUGAUGGUAAGAAUGAAAUAUACAUUCCAAAGAGAGGAGAUAUAUUUGUCUUAACUGAUUCAAGACCAAAGUUGGUUUCUGAUUUAAUACGGAAUGGAAGAUCAUAUAGAAUUGCUAUUGUUUCUAAGGGUGGUGAUGACGAUGAUGAGAUGCCACCUGAUAAGUAUAAUAUCUCAUUGUCUAAAAGCUUAGACAAUGAUCAUUUUUGUGAUAUUGGCAACAGUAAAACCACUUUUUUUGUUGUUUAUUUGCUGAAUAUCGCAGCAUCAAGUCGUAUAUGGAAAGCAAUUGACUUUGAAUUAGCUACUGAAAGAAAUUUGCUACUUGUUAAAGAGGUCAUCAACACGAAAUUAUCGAUUUUCAAAGAAAGGAAAGUGCCGCAAUCUUAUGUACUUGGCAAUAUAAAAGAGAAGAUGCUUGCUUUUAAUCUUAAUGAAUCCCAAAACAAUGAGGACUAUGUCGAAAAGGAAUUUAUAUCUCUUGAAUACUUUGUGAGAAGAAAAUUUUUCGAGAAUUCAAGCAGUCUGAGUCAGUGUCUUGCAACAUUAAGAACUCAUUUGCCAAGUGCUUCUGUUUCUGAAGAAAGCUCUAGAGACAUUGUUUUUGCUUCUUGA